UGAGCCGCUCACUCGCCAUUCGUACGCCGACAGACUCACGAGUCGUUCGCCGAUAAAUUAAUUACACAAUUCGGAACUAGUGAUAGUGAUCUUAUUUCAUUAAUUUACAUUAUGGCAAACCUCACGCUAUUAGUGCCUGUUCUCUUCCUUGCAUUGUUUGUUGAAUACGGUAACUCGGUUAGCUGCUGGACAUGCUCAUCUGACAUAAACCCAUUCUGCAAUGAUCCAUUCCUCGCUGGCAGAGGCGAAUACUCUGGACAGUUCCAAUUGGAAAAUUGCGAUGGUAGAACAGGAGUAACCUUCCCUUACCUGUCAUCUUCGAAGUCUGCUUGUAAGAAGCAAAAGAAAUACGUCAACGGCCUGUUGGUAGUUACCCGAGGAUGCACAUGGAAGCGAACUGACGACUACAGUAACCAGUGCCCCAACUACUCGAGCAGCACCAACGAGAUCCCGUCCUUCUGUGAAACAUGCGACUACGACGGUUGCAACGGUGCUGCCACUAUUGGUACAACUCUAGCCUUACUCCUGGCGCCACUUGGCCUACUUCUCUUCAAAUAAUUUAAUUUAAAAUACUUCCAUUAAAUAUAGUACAAAUGUAAUUGUUAUUGCCUAUACGCAUUAGGUAAAUAGAUACACAUAAAGGUAUAAAGAAAAUUACAUUUACUCUCGAAUCACGUCGUUAUACCUACCAUAGAGUACCAUCAGUAAACUUUGGUCAACAUGGAAACCUUUGUGUCUAUAGUCAAAAGUUCAAAUAAACAUUUGUUUUAACAAAGGGCGUUUAAUAAAUAUUCAUCAAUCGUAAUACGAUAAGAUCUUAACGAGUGUUUUAUUUUGAGGAUAGUUUCCUCUUUAUCUAUCUCCCUAAUGCUGUUAGGACCACCAGCAAUAAAUAUCCCAGUACCCACCGGUUGUUACCGAAGUCUACAGACUUGUAUCUUGUAUAUUAAAUAAACUGAAGAAAAGUUACCGAGGGAAAUUAUCGAAUAGGUACAUACCUAAUUUUACAUUGUUACAAUUCAAUUCAUAUUUUAAAAAAUCUUAUAUUUGUAGUGAAUAUUUUUUUUUAAGUUGCUACUUAAUCUCGUUUUAGAUUUCAUCUGGUUAUUUUAAGCAGAUAUUUUGUCAACGCUAGUUUCAUAGUUGAUUUAUUUUUAAAGUGUAAAUAUAUUUUUUUUAAUCGAUUAACAAGUUCGAAUUAUGUGUAUAGUACCUAAGUAUUUGUUACUAUAAGCGGUCUCUGACAAUUAUAUUAUUAACAUUUAACCUCAACGGACCAUUCUGCAUGUGCCUUUAUUUCAGACAGUUUGGAAUAAUUUUGUAUUUAUAUAUAAAGCAUUUAAAAUCAUGACUUGAAUCUCAUAAUAGUCACGACGAAAAUAAUUAUUAGGUCACUUUACUGUAUAUUUAAAUAAAAUUGUUUCCCGA